GCCCCGGCGGGGGAUGAGCCGCUCCUCAGGGGCAUCUUCGAGAUCGACAAGAGGAGCUGCGACGUGGUGCUGAGCGCCCGGCGGCUCCGCUGGAGCCCCAUCCUGCCCGAGAGCCCCACAGAUGAUUCCAGUAUGGUUUUACAGGCUCAAGAGGAGAUUAUUGAAAUGAAAGAUGUAUUUUCAGUAAAACUGAAACGACGUCGUUUUGCAGGCCAGACAAAAGGUGGCACUUUGUUGGGUAUCACAGUUUUUAAAUGCUUGAAUAAAGAAGAGAAUAAACUAACAGACUGUGCUAUCCAUUUAAAUAACUUAAGUGAAGAUCAUUGUCAAUCAUGGUUUAGACAUCUGAAGGAAAUUUUGAACGGCUUUCAAAACAGACCAAAAUCCUUAAAAGUGUUUGUUAAUCCAAGCAGCCACAAAAGAGAAGCCACUCAUGUUUAUUAUGAACAAGUUGCACCUCUUUUUAAGCUUGCUGACAUAAAAACUGAUAUCACUGUAACUCAAUAUGAAGGACAUGCUCUCUCAGUACUUAAAGAAUGUGAACUCCAGGCAUUUGAUGGGGUAGUUUGUGUUGGUGGGGAUGGAUCUGUCAGUGAAGUUGCUCAUGGUCUACUGCUUAGAGCCCAGAUAGAUGCUGGAAAAGACACAGAUUAUGUAUCAAACCCUGUUAGAGCACCAGUUCCUCUUGGAGUAAUACCAGCAGGUACUACUAAUAUUUUGGCCCAUACGCUCUAUGGUAUUAAGCAUGUGGUGACUGCAGCAUUGCACAUCAUAAUGGGACAUAUUCAGGCAGUAGAUGUCUGUACCUUCAGUACUCCAAGCAAGCUGUUAAGGUUUGGGUUCUCAGCUAUGUUUGGUUUUGGUGCGAGGACUCUGGCUUUGGCUGAAAAACACCGUUGGAUGCCCUCCAGUCAGCGGAAGGAUUUUGCUUUUAUCAAAACACUGGCAGAUCUCAGGCCAGAGGAAUGUGAAUUAUCAUUUCUACCUCUACAAAUUCCACAGGAAGAGUCUCAUGAGAGUGACAGAAAGAAGAAAGAGAAAAUAAAAAAAGGUAGCAAGGAUCAAUGGCAGAAAAUUCAGGGUCACUUCCUGAAUGUGAGCAUUAUGGCAAUCCCUUGUCUGUGUUCAAUGGCACCAAGAGGCUUGGCACCUAAUACGAGGUUGAAUAAUGGAAGCAUGGCUCUUAUUGUUGUACAAAAUACUUCUCGAACAGAGUUUAUAAAGCACCUGAAGAGAUACACCAGCGUAAAAAAUCAGUUCAGUUUUCCCUUUGUUGAGACCUACACAGUUCAAGAAGUAAAAGUACAACCAAGGCUUAAAAGUGGAGUGGAUGCCAAAGAAAAUACAGAUCUGAAUGCUGCUUCUGCAGAAGGAAAUUACCCCUGGAAUAUAGAUGGAGAUUUAAUGAAAGAAGCAUCAGAAGUUCAUGUUCGGGUCCAUCCUCAACUUAUUAAUCUCUAUGGAGUGAACACUGAUGACCUGGAGAGUUCCCAGGCAACGUGCAACUGCAUAUAGAAGGGACGCACUGGAAGUUCUGUAAUAAAGAAUCCUUUUCUCACCUCUAUGCAAAGUUUUCCAGGGUGCUGGACUUGCACUCACUGAUGUCAGUUGUUGUAG